AUGGUCAUUCUCCCGCGGAUCUCAACUCUUUACUCUUCAUCUCAUCAAAAAGAAGGUUUCUCAUCCGUCCUAGUUUCUACCUUGACCCGGGUUAUUCGAAAACUUUCUCACUCGAUAGCGACUACGAGCACUACCGCGAAUCCUACACGCAGCUUGUCGGAGGCGACGCCAGCAAUCAACUCGAAGCGAAAGAGGUCUUCAGAAGACUCGUCUGGGGGAAUGGGGGCCAAUAUGAGGGCUCCUUAUUUCUCUGCCCCGACUGAGCUUGUAACGUUCCUGGUGGGGAGAGACGAGGAACCGUUCGCAGUACACAAGGAAUUUGCGUGCUGUUAUUCGCCUGUUUUGAGAGCGGCUUUUACUGGCCCUUUCCUCGAAGGCCAAAGCAAUACAUAUCGACACGAUUAUGUAAAUCCUUCGGUGUUUUAUCUCCUCGUCCAGUGGCUUUAUACUCAAAAGAUUGAUCCUCACAUUGAAAUCGACUCUGUUUUAGAAAGUGCGGAGAAUGUUAAUGAGAAUGGUGUUUGUGAUCGUGAAAAACUUGGAGCUGUGGAUGGUGCUGCGGACGCUGGUACAAACGACGGCGGCUGCGACAAGGCUUCAGAAGCUUGGCGGGCUCAAGAUCUUGAAUAUGCUCAGCUCUGGGUGGCUGGCGACAGACUCCUUAUGUCUCAUCUGCAGAACGCGGUAUGGAUAUCCUCUCCCUCUUUCCUCAGCUCGAAUAUCCCACCAGUGGUGGUGCAUUCAUAUUUUCCUUCCCCUGUCAAGUAA